AUGGCUUCGGAGAGCCAGGAAUAUGCUACCUCGGUGCGCCGCGAAACGUGCGGCGCAUUGGCCAAGGAGCUCGUCGGCAGCGACCAAAUCGUUCCAGUCGCGGUGCAGGGAGACUGCUCGUACACGGUUUACGCAGGAGAGGGCCUUGGCCAGAUCGUCCAGUUCCGCCUCAAGUCUCUCGGCUACGCUGAUUCGACUUGCCGCAGGUUCUUUGCUCUGGCGUGGAAGGCGCUACAGAAGGUGAACCAAUCCUCCCGCGAUCGCAUGGCUGAGACGUUCGAGACCGAGCUGCAGAUCUUACUCGUCAGCCUGCCCGACCGGUUUCACCCGAUAAUCCGCAACACGCUGGCGUCCCUACCCAGCAUCUUGUCCCUUCCCAUGGUCCUCUACACUAGGACUUUGAAUGGCUGGAUUAGGUACGAGGACUACCGUGACUUGGCGCGUUUGUUCUGGGAGGAGUUUGGCGACGAGAUUGGCGGACUGAGCGAUGGUACCAGCAAGGCUGUCAAGGCCGCUAGGGUCUCGGGGCUGCUACGACCUCGAGGCUUCACCAGCAGGCUCGCAAACAUGCCGAAGCCGGUACCGAUCAAGGAUGAUGACAGCGGGAGGAACUACGGUAAUUGUUUCUCGCAGUGA